GGCGCCGGGCGCGGAGGCCGCGGGUAGGCCACGGGCCUGCGCCCCGGGGCGAAUGGGACGCCCGCUUCGGUGGACCAGCCGCUUCCAACCCGAAGUUCCUGGGCUCCCGUGGAAGCGCAAAAAAUAGAAGAUGACGGAAGGCCGUCGAUGUCAAGUACAUCUCCUUGAUGACAGGAAGCUGGAACUCCUAGUACAGCCCAAGCUUUUGGCCAAGGAGCUUCUUGACCUCGUGGCAUCUCACUUCAACCUGAAGGAAAAGGAAUACUUUGGAAUAGCAUUCACUGAUGAGACGGGGCACUUAAACUGGCUUCAACUAGAUCGAAGAGUAUUGGAACAUGACUUCCCUAAAAAGUCAGGACCAGUGGUUUUAUACUUUUGUGUCAGGUUCUACAUAGAGAGCAUUUCGUACCUGAAGGAUAAUGCCACCAUCGAGCUCUUCUUCCUCAAUGCUAAGUCCUGUAUCUACAAGGAGCUUAUUGAUGUUGACAGUGAAGUGGUGUUUGAAUUAGCUUCCUAUAUUUUACAGGAGGCAAAGGGAGAUUUUUCUAGCAAUGAAGUCGUGAGGAGCGACUUGAAGAAGCUUCCAGCCCUUCCCACCCAAGCCCUGAAGGAGCACCCGUCCCUGGCCUACUGUGAAGACAGAGUCAUUGAGCACUACAAGAAACUGAAUGGCCAGACAAGAGGUCAAGCAAUCGUGAACUACAUGAGCAUCGUGGAGUCUCUCCCAACCUACGGGGUUCACUAUUAUGCAGUGAAGGACAAGCAGGGGAUACCGUGGUGGCUGGGGCUGAGCUACAAAGGAAUCUUCCAGUAUGACUACCACGAUAAAGUGAAGCCAAGGAAGAUAUUCCAGUGGAGACAGUUGGAGAACCUGUACUUCAGGGAAAAGAAGUUUUCCGUGGAAGUUCAUGACCCACGCAGGGCUUCAGUGACAAGGAGGACAUUCGGGCACAGUGGCAUUGCAGUGCACACGUGGUACGCGUGUCCAGCAUUAAUCAAGUCCAUCUGGGCUAUGGCCAUUAGCCAACACCAGUUCUAUCUGGACAGAAAGCAGAGUAAGUCCAAAAUCCAUGCGGCUCGGAGUCUGAGUGAGAUCGCCAUUGACCUGACCGAGACGGGGACACUGAAGACCUCGAAGCUGGCCAACAUGGGCAGCAAAGGGAAGCUCAUCAGUGGCAGCAGCGGCAGCCUGCUGUCCUCAGGUUCUCAGGAAUCAGAUAGCUCUCAGUCAGCCAAGAAAGACAUGCUGGCCGCCUUGAAAUCCCGGCAGGAAGCUCUGGAAGAAGCUCUGCGCCAGAGGCUGGAGGAGUUGAAGAAACUCUGUCUCCGAGAAGCUGAGCUCACAGGCAAACUGCCAGUUGAAUAUCCUCUGGAUCCAGGGGAGGAGCCCCCCAUUGUUCGGAGAAGAAUAGGGACAGCCUUCAAGCUGGAUGAGCAGAAAAUCCUGCCCAAAGGAGAGGAAGCCGAGCUGGAACGCCUGGAACGGGAGUUUGCCAUUCAGUCCCAGAUUACGGAGGCUGCCCGCCGCUUAGCCAGUGACCCCAACGUCAGCAAAAAACUGAAGAAACAAAGGAAAACCUCUUAUCUGAACGCACUGAAGAAGCUGCAGGAGAUUGAAAACGCGAUCAACGAGAACCGCAUCAAGUCUGGGAAGAAACCCACCCAGAGGGCUUCGCUGAUCAUAGACGAUGGAAAUAUUGCAAGUGAAGACAGCUCCCUCUCAGAUGCCCUCGUCCUUGAGGAUGAAGACUCUCAGGUUACCAGCACAAUAUCCCCCCUACAGUCUCCUCAUAAGGGACUCCCUCCUCGGCCACCAUCGCACAACAGGCCCCCACCUCCCCAGUCCCUGGAGGGACUCAGGCAGAUGCACUGUCACCGCAAUGACUAUGACAAGUCACCCAUAAAGCCCAAAAUGUGGAGUGAGUCCUCCUUAGAUGAGCCUUACGAGAAGGUCAAGAAACGUUCCUCUCACAGUCAUUCCAGUAGCCACAAGCGCUUCCCCAGCACAGGAAGCUGUGCCGAGGCAGGAGGAGGAAGCAGCUCCUUGCAGAACAGCCCCAUCCGCAGCCUUCCUCACUGGAACUCCCAGUCCAGCAUGCCGUCCACACCAGACCUACGGGUCCGGAGUCCCCACUACGUCCAUUCCACGAGGUCGGUGGACAUCAGCCCCACGCGACUGCACAGCCUCGCCCUGCACUUUAGGCACCGGAGCUCCAGCUUGGAGUCCCAGGGCAAGCUCCUGGGCUCGGAGAACGACACGGGGAGCCCCGACUUCUACACCCCGCGGACUCGUAGCAGCAACGGCUCGGACCCCAUGGACGACUGCUCGUCGUGCACCAGCCACUCGAGCUCGGAGCACUACUACCCGGCGCAGAUGAACGCCAACUACUCGACGCUGGCCGAGGACUCGCCGUCCAAGGCGCGCCAGCGGGAGCGGGCGCGGGCGCGGGCGGCGGGCGCGCUGGGCGCGGCCAGCUCCGGGAGCAUGCCCAACCUGGCGGCGCGCGGUGGCGGCGGCGGGGGCGGCGGCGGCGGGGCGCGGGGCGCGGGCGGCGGCGUGUACCUGCACAGCCAGAGCCAGCCCAGCUCGCAGUACCGCAUCAAGGAGUACCCGCUGUACAUCGAGGGCAGCGCCACGCCCGUGGUGGUACGCAGCCUGGAGAGCGACCAGGAGGGCCACUACAGCGUCAAGGCGCAGUUCAAGACCUCCAACUCCUACACGGCCGGCGGCCUGUUCAAGGAGAGUUGGCGUGGCGGCUGCGGCGGCGACGAGGGCGACACGGGCCGCCUGACGCCGUCGCGCUCGCAGAUCCUGCGGACUCCGUCGCUGGGCCGCGAGGGUGCCCAAGACAAGGGCGCGGGCCGCGCCGCCGUCUCGGACGAGCUGCGACAGUGGUACCAGCGCUCCACCGCCUCGCACAAGGAGCACAGUCGCCUGUCGCACACCAGCUCCACCUCCUCGGACAGCGGCUCUCAGUACAGCACCUCCUCCCAGAGCACCUUCGUGGCGCACAGCAGGGUCACCAGGAUGCCCCAGAUGUGCAAGGCCACGUCAGCUGCCUUACCUCAAAGCCAGAGAAGCUCAACACCGUCGAGUGAAAUUGGAGCCACCCCCCCAAGCAGUCCCCACCACAUCCUGACCUGGCAGACUGGGAGCUACAGUGACAGCUGUUUCCUGGAUUCCUCCCUCUAUCCAGAACUAGCUGAUGUCCAGUGGUACGGGCAGGAAAAGGCCAAGCCCGGGACCCUCGUGUGAGCCAGCCCGGCCCAAUCCAACCGCCUCAACGCCAUUCUGAGAUCACCUCACUGCCUCUCAUUUGCCUUACCCAGAUGCACUGUCACCUGCACCAGCUUCGGCCCUCAGCACUUUUUUCCUCCCGUCUCCGCAUCCCCUCACCCUUAAAAACCUGACUGAGGAGACACUCUGGAAGGUUCCGGUCCCACUGUGUGUCCCCUGGCUCUCUUGCCCACGGAGAACCAGACACCAAUCCUCGAUGGCACCUUGGUGGCUUCCCCCUGUCAUGACAGCUCCCCAGGCCAGGAACCAUCAGGGAAGCUGCUGGCAUCAAAUUCCUGCAGACAAGUAGCAUUGGUAGAGUACAGAACAGGGGACUUAAGUACAGGGUGAUCCAGAAGGACUCUUCAGCUGUGUCCAGCCUGCCACCUGUAGGCCAACCAAGCUCUUCAUGAAGAGGACACCUGGGGGGAUAUUCAGUUCACACCUGAAAUAGUCCUUAAUGAGACAGCUGAGGAGGGGGGAGUAGCCGUGGUGGGAGGGGAGGAUGAAAAGCAAGACCCAUCAGAGGAUCACAAUCAAUUCUAUGCUGCCAAAGAUUAAAUAAAAUAAAAACACAAAAACAGGAGGGGCCACGAGGAAGACAUUCUUUCUGCAAUGAAAUUCCUUUUCAAUUCUAAACUGCUAAUUACACAUCACAAGUGAAAGUCACCCAUGUGUUAAUUGUGUCCUCUCUCCCUUGACGGCCCCCUUCCCUCUCGGUAGAGAGCCCGAAGGACUGACCAAUGUGAUGGUAAGGACUGACCAAUGUGAUGGUAAAGACAAGGGAGGCUUGCUGGCACAGUGACCCAGAACCUCCACCAACCUGGACAUGAAGGAAGAGAGACCAUGGGGAGGAGCAGAGUGUACGCUUAGCCCUGUUCUGUGCGGGUGACUCAGCCCAAGCCCCAGACACAGUGCUGCUUUCCUUUCUGGAUUUGUAAGGUGAUAAUUGCCAAAAGUGGUUCUCUCUCAUUAAAACGACCAGUAAAAGUGUAUCCUAUUUUUUGCACAAGGUGUUUCAUUUUCUUUUUUAUGGGAAACCAAGGGAAAAAGCACAUGGCGGCCCAUUCAAGUGUUUGACUUUGUGGCUUAUUUUAUGUUUGUUAGCACUUGUGUGACAAAGAGCUCACAUCCGACUUCUCCUGCGUGUCACGUGUUCAAAGAACCCAACUAUGCCCUUAGGUAAAAAGAUUUUACUCAGUGUCUACUAGCCGUCAGGCAGAGCAGGGUUGAAAAAAAUAUGAGCUCCCAAAGGGCCCAGACACCUACAACAUUAUCAGUCACCUUAAUGCACCACAUUUGUCUGCAGAUAGCAAAAGAGGAAGAAAGAAGAAAAAAAUAACACGUGGGGGAGCUGCACGUUUACAUGUGUUUUGAGCUGUGCUUGAUACACAACUGGAAAGCCAUCAAUCUUCAAAGGCCUCAAAAAUACUUUUGUAGUAACUAACAAGUGCACAAUCUUAGUUGGUUAUUCAUGAUGGCACAAAAAGGCCUCCACAGAGGUGGUAUGCUGUCCUUGUUGGCGCAAGUGGGGGGGCGGGUUCUCACCUGUAAUGACUUCCUAUCGGAAAGGCAUUUGACAGCCAGGGACAGGAGUUGGGGUGGGGGUGGUUUUAUGGGAAGGCAAAACUGAAAUUAGCUUUAGCAUAAAAAGAAAAAUCUUUGUUUCUCAUGUAUGUGUAAUCUAAGAAUACCAAUAGACUCUACCAGACCAGGAGUAAGAAUGAACACUAAAACGAAAUAAAUACCCACGGUGUUCCCUCUGCUGCAGCCUGGAAAGCACUGGAAGGAGCUGAGCCGGAGCACGCACACCUGGCUGGGACCAGGUGGGCCACGGCUGCCUCUGUCACCUCUCUAUGAACGAUUCAGGGUCUACUUUCCCCAGCUCUGUGCAUGGUUGGGCUGGUGGCUCCAGCUUGCAGGAGGGAUUAAUAGUUCCAGAACGUUUUAGGGAUAAACUUGCAGGAUAAAUAGAAACUGGUUAUGAUGUUACUAAUUGAUUCUAAGGACUGAUUGAUUUUGUUGCCUUAUUUUGAUGGUCAGAGCUACAGUUUUUCUCCUUCCCCAUUCGGAAACAUUAUACAUGUGCCAUUUUGAUUUCUCCCAAAAGAAGAUACAUGAAUAAUCAGACAGAACUAUGUGCAACAGGAACAGUCAAAAGGGAAAUUAGAGAAGGUGACGAGGUUACACGGUUACAGGUUAUACGACAAGUAUAAUAGUUUGAAUUCAAGUCUAAAGUAAAUCGGAUCAAGCUUGUAGCCCAGUUGGGUUACAAGAAAUGAGAGGCAGAAAUUCUUUCUAAACAUGGGUUACAUUUUAGAUUCGGGGGGCAGAAAAGAAUGGAGUGGAAACAGGAAUUACAGUUCCAGCAAGCAUCAUGAUAGUCUGGUAGUAAAGACAGAUUAAGUAAAACAGGUUUUACUGUUUAGCUGUGUUCAAUUAAUACAAAAUGUACAUAAAGUGUUAGUCCUCAGACUGACAUGAUUAAUGAUCGGUGUGGUGGGAAACGAUGUAGUUAUUGUAUACAAGCACUUGCAAACUCUUUAUAUAUCCCUAUUUCUUUAAAACAAAAUAAGAUGAACUAUGAAGCCUCUGAUCUAAUAUAAAACCCUACUGGAUUCUUUGGAUGUGUGUAAGAAAUUGCCGGUUUAAGCCAGGAGACUGGUGAAAACACAUACAUCAGACUAUGUUGUGAGCCAGUUUGAUUUUUUUAUUUUAUAAUAUGCAGGUGAGUGUUGAAACUUAAAAUUCCAAUUUGUUUUCAUUCAGUAUUAGUUUAGUUCUAAAUAUAGCAAACCCCAUCCAGGUGCUAUCAGACGACCAGUUACUGCUUAGUUAACUACGUGUAAAGUUUUACAUAUACAUUAAUGUCAAUAGUUUAUUACAAGUUGUGUAAAAUGGACUCUAAUACUGGGGGGAAAAGAUUAGGUUGCUCCUGAAACUGACUGUAGAGCAUGUAAAAUGAUU